UUGCGUUGAUUAGAAAUGAAGACAACGGCCGUCGGGAGUAGCUGAUGGUUCCGCUAUUUCCAAUGGUGGGCUUGAAAAACGUCCUUCUCUGCGCGGUCGCCGGUGCGGUGGCCGUGUUCGCGUUGCGCCAGUGGCGAGUGCGAACGUGGGGCCGCUGCCGAAGCAAACGCUCCAUGAUGGGCAAGACCGUGGUGAUCACGGGCGCCAACUCCGGGCUCGGCAGGGCCACGGCCAUCGAACUAGCUCGGCGCGGAGCCAGGGUUAUUCUCGCCGUUCGCGACAUCAGCGGAGGCUUGCUCGCCGCCGCCGACGUGCGACGCGUGUCGAACAUCGAGAACGUCGUGGUGCGAUACCUGGACCUCUCCUCGUUCAGCUCGAUACGCGCUUUCGCCAACGGCGUGCUCAAGUCCGAGAUGCACCUGGACGUGCUCAUUUGCAACGCGGGAGUCUUCCAGUGCCCGCUGACGCUGACUCGGGACGGCCUCGAGAUGCAGAUGGGAGUCAACCAUCUGGGACACUUUCUCCUAACCAACCUGCUUCUAGAUCGGCUCAAGAACUCGCAGCCAAGUCGCAUCGUAGUCGUCACGUCGAACCUGUACAAGCGGGCCAAGCUUAAGUCCAACGAACUGCUCAUGGACGCGAGCAACUACGACAAACGACUCGCUUACGCCAACAGCAAGCUCGCCAACCUGCUCUUCGUGCGAGAGCUGAGUCGAAGACUUCGCGGAUCGGGUGUGAAGGCGUACGCUGCGAGCCCAGGCAUGGUCUACACAAACCUUGGUCGCCACACCAGACUACCCUGGUAUUUGAUGGUUCUAUUGCUGCCCUUUGCGCUGUUCGCGGUCCGAACUCCGGACCAAGGAUGCCAAAGCAUCGUUGACUGUGCCGUCAACGAGGAGUACGAACAGCACUCGGGCAAGUUUUACUACAACUGCCGGCCCGAGAAAUUGGAGAGCGUAGCGUUGGACGACGACCUAGCGCGCAAGGUUUGGGCCGAAAGCGAGAAGCUGACGGGUGUGAUGUCGGUGGACGUUAGAGGCUGAGCCCGGACGUGUUCGAUUGAUUUCGUCGAGUUUGCUAGUGUUUCAAACUCUUCGUCGUAGCACCCGUGAUCAAAUUCGUUACGAAGGCCUGCGCAAUAUUCGGACGUGCCUUCUUAAUUCGCGGCAGCUAGUUCCACCAUGCAGUAACUUAUUCCUAUUGUGUGUUUGUGACCUAGCCUUCCGAUCAAUUCGACGGAAAAGGCCUGUGUAUUCAUCUUCUGCGUCUUUACUACGUGCGUGCGUAAAAUAAACGUGACCUCCCCCGCA